AUAUCUCUGCCACUAGUUACAUUGUUUGACUUGCAUUCUAUAUACUGAAUAUACUUUAUACUGUCAAUAACAAAGCAAGUGUGAUAACUGAUAAGUCUUCUCUUAGCUGUGUUAAGCAACACCAUCAACUUAUAAUCCAAUCUGAAAAUUCUGUUUGAUGAUCACUGCAUCAGUCCAUAUCAGCACAUAAGCUUUCCUGAUGGCUAGAAACUGCCCUCCUUUCGAUUUUUCGGGCGAGUAUUACAGCUUUGAUAAGGCAGCAGGAAGUUGUGUGAGACAGAGUAGUUUUUUUCAAGGCAAAGCUGUGUUGAAUCAGAGUGUUGGCUAUUCUGUAAUUCUGGGAUUUGGUGCCUUCUUUGCCCUCUUCACCUCGUUCUUGGUGUGGCUGGAGAAGCGAUACGUUGGAUCACGCCUUACUUCAGAAUGGUUUAAUACAGCAGGAAGAAAUGUGAAAACUGGACUCAUUGCUAGUGUCAUAGUGUCUCAGUGGACUUGGGCUGCGACGAUUCUACAAAGUUCCAAUGUUGCCUGGCAGUAUGGAGUUAGUGGUCCGUUCUGGUAUGCUAGCGGCGCUACCAUCCAGGUACUCUUGUUUGGUGUAAUGGCCAUAGAAAUCAAGAGAAAGGCUCCUCAUGCCCAUACCGUGUGUGAAAUUGUGAAGGCUCGAUGGGGGACUGCUGCUCAUCUUGUAUUUCUGUCUUUCUGCUUCUUGACAAAUAUCAUUGUGACGGCUAUGCUGCUUCUUGGCGGCUCUGCUGUUGUGAAUGCUAUCACAGGAGUUAAUAUAUAUGCUGCAAGUUUCCUGAUACCGCUUGGUGUUAUUGUCUACACCCUGGCUGGAGGAUUAAAAGCCACGUUUUUGGCAAGCUACAUACAUUCUGUAAUAGUGCAUAUUGUUUUAGUGAUCUUUGUGUACCUAGUUUACACAGCCAGUAGCGAGCUUGGUAGCCCAGGAGCUGUAUACAGACGUAUUAUGGAGGUAUCAAGCAAAUCAAGACUUUGUCAAGAGCCGGUGUCCCAUGAAAGAUUUGGACAAUCAUGCGGUCCAGUUAGUGGGAACUACAAAGGAUCUUACCUGACAAUGUUGAGCUCUGGGGGCCUUGUUUUUGGGAUUAUCAACAUAGUAGGCAAUUUUGGUACAGUUUUUGUCGAUAAUGGUUACUGGGUAAGCGCGAUUGCAGCAAGACCUUCCUCAACUCAUAAGGGCUACUUAUUAGGUGGAUUAGUUUGGUUUGCUGUCCCAUUUUCUUUGGCAACAGCCCUUGGUCUAGGGGCACUAGCUCUUGAUCUACCUCUAACUGCAAGUGAGGCUGGCCGUGGCCUUGUUCCUCCUGCUACAGCUAUUGCCUUGAUGGGAAAAGGAGGAUCGGUUCUUCUUCUCACCAUGCUUUUCAUGGCUGUGACAUCUGCUGGAUCAUCAGAGCUAAUAGCUGUCUCAUCUCUAUGCACCUAUGACAUAUACCGGACUUAUAUAAAUCCUAAUGCUACAGGAAAACAGAUCCUCAAAGUGUCAAGAGGGGUUGUUCUGGGCUUUGGAUGUUUUAUGGGAAUUCUUGCAGUAAUAUUGAACAAGGCCGGCGUGUCUCUGUCAUGGAUGUACCUUGCAAUGGGAGUCUUCAUCGGCUCAGCAGUUAUUCCCAUAGUUUUCAUGCUUUUGUGGAGAAAAGCAAACGCAAUAGGUGCCAUACUAGGGGCAAUAAUAGGAUGUGUCCUCGGUGUUAUUGUCUGGUUGUCGGUUGCAAGCAUAGAGUAUGGUAGAAUAAAUCUUGACACUACUGGUAGAAAUGCACCAAUGCUUGCUGGAAACCUUGUUUCUAUACUUACUAGUGGCGCUGUUCAUGCCAUAUGUAGCUUCAUGUGGCCUCAAAACUACGAUUGGGAUACGACUAAGAAAAUAUCAAUGGUUGAAAAGGACAAGACUGAACUGCCAUCUGAUGAAUUCAAGGAGGAAAAGCUGAUCAGAGCUAAAACGUGGAUAGUCAAAUGGGGUAUUGGUUUUACCAUUGUGAUUGUUAUAUUGUGGCCUUUGCUUUCACUGCCUGCAGGGGAGUUCAGCAAGGGAUACUUUACAUUCUGGGCCGUCAUUGCCAUAGCCUGGGGUACCAUUGGAUCAGCUGUAAUCAUAGCUUUACCAUUGAUCGAAAGCUGGAAAACAAUAGAAAGCGUUUGUCUUGGCAUGUUUACAAAUGACAGGCUGAUGGAAAAGAUUGAUGAACUAAAUUUGAAGCUGAAUACGAUCAUGUUGUCGGUACCAGAAGCCGAGAGAAUCUAUCUGCUUGAAAAAGAGAAAGCUAAGAAGAACGACGCAUCUGAGAAUAUUAGCCAAACCAUUGAUGCUGAGAGCAAGUACUAAGUGCAACAGCAAGUAAAUUGUUCCGUAGGCAUUUGAAAUGGCAACAUAACUUUAGUAUGUUGUGUUUGUAAAUAAUUGUUGCAGAUAUAUGUCGUCAAUAUUUCGUUAAAUAACACAAACUCCGUCGCUGCAGGUCGGAAAUGGGGUUACUAGGAGCA